AUGAUUGGGGCUCUGGAUAUAAUACCUAAAGAUUUUAAUUUAACAUUCAAUGAAGAAGAUGAACUUAGUAAAAGUGUGGUUAAUUUUCUCGGACAUCGACGUCGAGAUAAAUUUGUUUUUCCAAUACUUACAACGCUCUAUGCAUUCAUUUUCUCUACUGGGCUUAUGGGAAAUCUUUGUACAUGUGUUACAAUAUGGAAAAGUCGUGAUAUGCACACACCAACCAAUUUCUAUCUUUUUUCUCUUGCUGUUUCUGAUCUACUAUUAAUUAGUCUUGGUUUAUCUGUAGAAAUGUACAAUAUUUGUGAAUCUUGGCCAUGGAUAUUUGGCGAACCAUUUUGUGUAUUUCGUACUGUUGUUCUUGAAAUUGUAACAUCAGCGUCAAUUUUAACAGUUCUAUGUUUUACAAUUGAACGUUAUUUAGCGAUUUGCUUUCCUAUUAUAUCACAAAAAGUACUUGGUGGAUUGAGUCGCGCACUUAAAAUGAUUAUGAUUGUUUGGUUUUUAUCAUUCUUAUUGGCUGUGCCUUAUACAUUUACCGCUGGCGUGUUUAUUAGUGUAAAAGCUGUAGUUCGAAAUCAAACUAUUGAAAUUCUUGAUAGUCGUAUAUGUGCGAUUCGCCCCGACUAUUGGGAACCAAUGUUAUAUUACAUGGCAGUAACAACUUUUCUUGUUUUUGUUAUACCAAUCGUUGUUAUAACUGUUCUUUAUAUCCUAAUGGGUAUUACUUUAUAUAAAGCGAGUCAUCGAACAUUGAAUAAUUAUCAAGAAACAAAACAGGAACAAUUGGUACUACGACAUCGUGGUCAGCAACAUUUUUGGUUACGACAAAAUGCUGUUUCAUCAUUGAAACCGCGACCAGUGAAAAAUUCGAGACGAGCAGUUUUAAAAAUGUUGGUGGCGGUUGUUAUUGCAUUUUUUAUUUGUUGGGCACCAUUUCAUACACAACGUAUUACAGCAUUUGUUACAAGAUUAUUGGAUAAAACUAAUGAAAAUAUCACAUCCGAUGCGUCAACUAAAUUUCAAGAAAUACUUUUCUUUGCUUCAGGUAUUUUAUAUUAUCUGUCAGCAACUGUAAAUCCCGUUCUGUACAAUAUAAUGUCCAAACGUUAUCGAAAUAGUUUCAAACGAACAUUAUGCCGUUGGAAAGAUCUGCCAGCCAAACCUUUAUAUCGAAAUGGACGUUCUAUUAUUUCUAAUAAUCUAAAUGUAGCACGUACUAUUCGAUCUCCGUAUACAAUAAAUCCGUAUAAUCGAACCGUCUAUAGAAAAAAUUCAUUGAAUCCUUAUCGUGAUAAUAUAUUUACAUGUUCUGUGUCAAAAUAUAAAUUAGUUAUUGGUUCUCGUACAUUUUCUAAUCAAGACGCAGAAGGCGACUAUCGCCGUCGUACAUCAUUUCGUUAUCGUUUAUCAUUAAUAGAAAAAGAAGAACGUGAAGAAGAAAAAGAAAAAAUGAAAUUCCAAUCACAACAAAGAAAAUUUUCAUUAAGUUUUAUUCAACAACCGAAAAAACGUCAAUCAAGAUUUGUUUUUACUACUAAUAUGCCAUCAUUAGCACCGCCGAAUUCAUCGAUUAGUGAUUCAAAAAAUUUUGCACAAUUACAGAAUAACGCUCAUGCUAAACAUUGCCAAUCAUAG